AUAGUUGAUACAAUGCGAUACAAUACACAUUAUACGUUAUUCUUUACAAUAUUGUUACAGAGUUUAUUAUACGUUUACGAUAAUAUUAUGUUUAAUUCGAUAUAUAUUCUGUAUCACACACACUACUGACAAUUAUGAUUUAUUAUAAUUUGUACAAAGAGAUUGUCAUUACUACUAAUACAUACUUACAGCACAAUGCGGAAUGAGUUCUCAAAUAUACUCGGCGUCUACCUAUCUGGGCAGCUCGCUGCGGAUCGUGGGAGGAAAUCAAGCAGCAGAAUGCGAGUUUCCGUGGAUGGCUGUUAUCAGAGACGACAUUGGUCGAAUCUGCGCCGGAAGUCUGAUCGACAAUCGUCACGUCAUCACAGCCGGACACUGCGUUGAACGAGGUCUCCGGCAAGGCAGUAACAUGAAAGUUGGACUUGGCUCCUCCAGCAGACGAAGCAGACGAAUGCAAUACAUCACAGCAGAACGAGUCUAUCGCCAUCCAUCCUACGCAACAAACAACAACGAUAUCGCCGUCAUCAGACUGAGUCGCGCCGUCGCCUACUCCAACUGUAUUCAACCCAUCUGUCUGGCAACACGGCCGCUGGCUAUACCAACGGGGACGGUCUGCCUAACAUCGGGAUGGGGUCUCAUGAAGGAGGGACAAGGCUCAGCUCCAGAUAUUUUACAAGAGGUCCAAGUGCCCAUAGUUAGCAAUGCGGAGUGCAGUAGGAGUUAUUCCAAUAUAGAUGGAAACAAAAUCUGCGCAGGGUUUCGACAAGGAGGGAAAGACGCUUGCCAGGGCGAUUCGGGAGGACCUCUAGCUUGUGCGUUUGGCAGACAGUGGGUAAUGAUCGGUGCCGUAUCCUUCGGGCUGGGGUGUGCCAGACCCGGAUUCCCGGGUGUUUACACCUACUUACCAAACUACUACUCCUGGAUAGACCGAGUUAGGCGGAGCUGA